CUUUUAUUAAGGCCAAGGGAAAAGUUUGAAAUGUUCUAUGGGAGUAAGGAACACACGUCCCAGUUCGAAUUUCUAUUUGGAGUAGGAUUAAAACUUCUGAUGAAAGCUCACACAGAUAAAGAAAGUCGUUGAAAGUUUGAAAAGCGAGUAAAAGAGGCAGAAAUACGCUUAGAGAAAAAAAGACUUUACAGAACAAGAGAGGGAUUUGUUAGUUUACUUAGGGUACAAUAUUAUAAGGUUGUCCACAGAGGAGAUAAAUGCCAAGUCAGGUUUAUAUAGACGCUUGCUCAAUUAUAGUACUAAUUUAUGGAAGAUACAGCGAAACAAGAACGCAAAAGAUAGGAAAUAUGUGGAAGCUUAUCUUUAUUAUGCGCUUUUGCAUUGGAUACUACCAGGAAGGUCUGAGUUAGGAAUAGAAGGCUUGUCACAUCCAGAAACGUAUAGUGUUCUCCUUAAAGAAUGGGAAGAGACCUACAUAGCAAACAGUCAUAUUAGAAACAGGGAACAACUUUUCAAAGAAAAAGCAAAAAUAUUUUUUGCGAUUGGAAAUAGGUCUCCUGGAAACGAUAUUGUAGAUUUAGAGUGGCUUCGACAUUUAUGGAGAGAAGCAAUGUCAAAGCAAGGACGAACAAGAAAGGAAGUGAAGGCUGACAAUCACUGGCAACAUCCAAUAUUUGAAGAGCGCCUUGCACGUAUAAAUGGGACUGUUGACUCAAGUGGGAGGCGAAUAUCUACAGAGGUUUGCUUUAACAAAAGGAAUUACACAUUCAAGAUACGCACCAACGAAUAUUAUGAACCCCUAAAAAAUCGAGCUGUGACGUUUGUUCUUGCGUUUUCGUGGAUGGAUCCAGUGGCUCUUGAUGUUAGGAAGCAUGAUAAAUAUUUCAAGAGACAAAAUUCGCAGAGAUCACCGGAGAAUACCCAAGAAAAUUUGUAUCAAAAUAAUGAUAACAAUGAUGUACUUGCACGUCAAGAUACCAACUCAAGAAAUCUGACCACCUUACCAAAAGAACAACGCCCUAGCUCCAGAG